AUGGAUCUGAUAUCAACUGCUUCCGUCAACCUAUUCCCAAGCCUAAGCAACCAUGAAGAAGAUUCUGAAAACUCUGGGUCUCUACGGCGACUACGAGAUGCAUUUGGAAAAAUAGAGGAAGUAGAUUUAUCCCUUCCAGACGAACAUCUUGAUUUAUCAACAAGUCUAGUCGAUGAUGAGUUGUCCCUUGAUUCGAGCUUGAUUACCGAGAUAGCCAACAACCCUAUAUCUGAAGAUGGAAGAUUUAAGUAUCUAAGAGCAUACGAGCGACUAGCGGCGGAGAGAGGCGCCAAAGAGAUGGGUAGUGGUAUACCGUUGCAAACGAUUGAACUAAAUGAUUUCGAAAAGUUUGUUAAGGAAAGUGCAUUGAACGACAAAAUCCAAGGGCGAAUACUUGCUAAACUUCCGAGAAAUCAACAGAAGGAGACGAUUUUGAACGUUGUUAGAGAACAAGACCUCGCCAAUGACUUUUAUGCUGGUGGCAACGAAGCAUCCGAAAUUAAAAGCCGCAAAUUCAAGCAAUGUAAACCAGAUAAGGAAUACACUUCGGAUUUAGAAGAUCUAUAUUACCCUAGCAGCAAACAAAGACUACACAGAAAGCUAAGCGUACGUCAUUUACAGAUGAUCUCACUAGGUGGAACGAUUGGAGUGGGGUUGUUUUUGAACUCAGGUAAAGCAAUCAAUAUUGCUGGUGGUUUUGGAGCUCUACUAGCGUUUGCUAUAGUUGGAGUAGUUGUUUUAUGCACUAUGAUGUCUUUCUGCGAAAUGGUCACGUUUGUCUCCGUCAUCGAUGGUGUUUCAGGAUUGAGCUCCAGGUUUGUUGACGAUGCUUUUGGCUUUGCUACUGGUUGGUUGUAUUUCCUAAGUUUUGCUUUUGGUGUCGCUGGUGAAGUUGUUGCUGGUGUCAUAAUGUUGUCAUUUUUUCCUCAACUCAAGACCACAUCAAGUAAAGGUGCAACAACUGGGUUUGUUUUUCUUUUUCUAGGCUCCAUCAUAACCAGCAAUCUAAUUGAUAUAAGAGUAUUUGGAGAAAUUGAAUACAUAUCAAGCUUGAUAAAGUUACUAUGGGUGGUGGUUAUGAUGAUUGUCAUGAUUGUGUUAAACAGAGGGGGUUUUGGUGGUCCCGCUUUAGGAUUCAAGUAUUGGAUGCAUCUGAAGUCAGAUUUUGAGAACAAUAUCAUUUUCGGUCUCUUUCGACCCAGUUUCAAUUUAUACGAUAAUGGAACAAGCCCACCGAGUGAAGGGAUCGAGGGUGACACUGGAAGAUUUAUUUCAUUGGUUACUGCUAUCCUUGUUGUUUGUUAUGCUUACAGUGGGACAGAAAUUGUUUGUAUUGCUGCAUGUGAAGCAAAAAAUCCCCGAAAGGCUUUACCAUCAGCAAUGAGGAGAGUGUUUUGGAGAAUAGUCAUAUUUUAUUGUUUAUCAGCGUUCUUGGUCACUUUGAAUAUUUACGCUGGUGAUCCCAGAUUGCUCAGAUAUCUUCUGGGCAAAACAGGUAUUGACGUGUCUGAGUUUCUGACCAACAUUGCCAUCCAGAGUGUUGGAGGUGUGCAUUGUUCAUACGAUUCGUCAGUUUUUGCCGGAUACGGAAGUGGUGCACAAAGCCCUUGGAUUGUUGCACUUCAAAGUGCAGGUCAAUGUGACUUUAGUACUGUAACAAAUGUUUUUUUGGUUUUCUUUGCUGUUAGUUGUGGCAAUGCACAGUUGUAUGUUAGUUCCAGAACUGUUUACGCGUUGGCUCUACAGGGAAAAGCACCUAAAUUUCUCACAUAUUGCAAUAGAAAUGGGAUUCCUUACAAUGCAGUCAUGCUAGCUGGGGCAUUUGGGUUAUUGUCAUUUACAUGUGUAUCGGAAUCAGCCACAGUUGUGUUUCAAAAUCUAAACAGUGUGAUUGCUUCUUCUGGAAUAUUCGUCUGGUUUGCCAUGUGUUUAACAUUUAUUAGAUUCUACUUUGGAUUGAAAAGGAGACCAGAUAUCAUGAGCAGAAACGACCCAUCGUAUCCUUACAAGUCACCAUUUCAACCGUACACGGCAAUUGUUGGCAUGUGCGCAACAUUAUUUAUGGUUUUGGCAAUGGGAUUUGUUGUCUUUUUAAACCAUGAAUGGAACACCUUGUUUUUCUUUUCAAGUUAUGGGUCGUUGAUGGUAUUUGCUGUACUCUAUACUGGCUAUAGAGUGAUAAAGGGCUCAUCGAUUACAAGUUUGGAUAGGCUUGAUUUCGAUUCAGGAAGAACAGAAAUGGAUCGAUAUAUCUGGGAUGGUGGCACAGAUUAUAACCACAAGAGCUUUAAAGAAGUUUUGCGUAAAUGGUUAUCAUUUUUAGCGUAA